AUGUCCCGAGCGGAAUGGGCCAGGCAGCGCGGUUUCACGGUGCUGAUUCGGAGCUGUGACCAUCAGACUCACUUCCAGCAGCGACAGCUCCAGUCCCAGCAAGAUGUUACAGGUGGACCUGAGUCAUUGCCUAUGGUCACUGGCACCUCUGAAUAUUCAUACCCAGAUUACCGGGGCAAAGGCUGCGUGGAUGAAAAUGGAUUUGUGUAUGAAAUUGGAGAGGAGUUCACUCCUGGACCAGCUGCUUGCCCAUGUUUGUGUACUGAUGAUGGGCCACUGUGUGUCAAACCAGAGUGUCCUAGUCUACAUCCUCGUUGUAUCCGUGUGGACACCACCCGCUGUUGCCCUGAAUGCAAGGAAGUAAAGAAUUACUGUGAAUUUCGGGAAAAGAGAUAUAAACAAUUGGAGGAGUUCAGGGUUUCUCCCUGCGAGAAAUGUCGCUGUGAACCCAAUGGCGAUGUGCACUGUUCCGUAGCAGAAUGUGCUCAGGUUGAAUGUGUGGAUCCGGUAUAUGAGCCAGAUCAGUGCUGCCCUGUCUGCAAAGAUGGUCCCAACUGUUUUGCAGGAGUUUCCAUUAUCCCAGCCGGACGAGAGGUGAAGAUCGAUGAAUGCACAACCUGCCACUGCUCCUAUGAAGAUGGCACCUGGACAGUUGGCCAUCAAGCAACCUGUAUCAAAAAUGACUGUCAAGAAACUUAG